UCUUUACUUUGCCGCUAUCUUGACUAACACAAAUAUUUACGACUGCAAAAUGUGCUAGUUGCAAGGUGUUUUUGCGCAUUGUUUAAACAAAAAUGCAUUUAUCUUGGAUUUCAAUGUAGCCGAAUCGCAAGACCAAGCAAUAUCAAUUGCUUCAACAGGUUAAAUUAGGAGCUGUGCACAUAUCCCACUCGUUGCGGUGAAAAAUAAUGGCAUCGUCGGUUGGCGGCCUAAAAAACAUAAACAAUUUGCGGCGAAAACAUUGUUUACGCAAACCCUCAAAAUGGUAAAUAAAAAACAACAUCUUCACAUGUGUUUGCUUUGCUUAAUUGCAUUAGCGAUACUUUCAUAUUUCGUCCAUCAGCGACCUUCCUGGGCAACCGAAUCCAAGGGAAAGGUGGUCGGUUAUAAUGCAGUGCAGACUGGGAAACCCCCGCUUUACAUCGUGGUGGUCUGUUGCGGUCAGAGGGUCCAGGAGACUCUGGUGAUGAUCAAGUCGGCCAUUCUGUUUAACUACGACGAGGAGUACCUCAAGUUUGUGAUCUUCACGGAGGACGGGAAGGGUGAUGAGUUCAGGGAAAAGUUAACCGACUGGCGCGAUAUCAAGCCAUUUACAUUUGACUUUGAGAUUUUGCCACUAAAGUUUCCCAGUGGCAAUGAAGUCGAGUGGAGGAAUCUCUUCAAGCCAUGUGCAGCUCAACGUCUCUUUUUGCCGUCAUUGCUAACACAUGUCGACUCAUUGUUGUAUGUUGACACGGACAUAUUGUUUUUGUCGCCCAUCUCGGAUAUCUGGCGAUUCUUUAAGAAGUUCAAUGAGACGCAAAUGUCCGCAUUGACGCCCGAGCACGAGAACGAAAACAUUGGGUGGUACAAUCGCUUUGCACGACAUCCAUUCUAUGGCCGGCUUGGCGUUAAUUCCGGUGUUAUGCUAAUGAAUCUCACACGGAUGAGAGAAAUGAAAUGGGAGCAACAUAUCGUGUCUAUUCAUAAGGAGUACAAGCUACGUAUUAUUUGGGGGGAUCAAGACAUUAUCAAUAUACUAUUUUACUAUCAUCCUGAUAAGCUGUACAUCAUGCCAUGCGAAUACAACUACCGUCCAGAUCACUGCAUGUAUAUGAGCAUAUGCAACAUGACCCACGCUGGCGUUAAGGUAAUCCACGGAAAUCGUGGCUAUUUCCACUCAGACAGGCAGCCACUCUUUAAGAGCAUCUACGAGGCCAUGGAGAAUUACCAACUGGGCUCCAAUGCCAACACCGACUUCCUAAUGCCCUUGCAUGCAGCACUCAGUAUACCAUCCGUUAAUAAUUCAAGCUGUGGAAAAGUAUCAAAUGAAGUCUUAAAAGUGGCGAACGCAGUUAUAAGUAAAAGGUACAGGGAAGUCUAGAAGUAAUUGUAAUAUAAUAAACUAGAUUAUAAUUAGAAAGUGUAGCGGUAGCCUUUAUAUUCGGAUAUACAUUAGUCAUAGGUUUUAUAGAGCUUCAAGGUUUUUAUAUACGCAAUAAAAAUGUAUAUGAUAAAAAGCAUA